AUGUCAGACCUAAGAGGCAGUGGGACACUUAUUAUUGUCAUUCUUAAGGCCCGGAACUUGCCAAACAGAAGAAAACUAGAUAAGCAAAAUCCAUACUGCAUAGCGAGAAUUGCAAACAUCGUUGACAGAACUCCUGCAAUAGCCAGAGGUGGUCAAACUCCUGAAUGGAAUCAUGAAUCACGAUUCCAAUUAACUUCGGACAUAAACCCUUUGCUAAAGGUUUCUAUCCUUGAUGAAACCAAAAAGCAGCCAGUGUUAAUUGGUGAUGCUGAAAUUGACUGCUCCCCGGUUUUCAAUACCAGUAGUGAAGAUGGUUAUGACAAAUGGCAUCCAUUGCAAUAUGCGGGUAGAACAGCCGGUGAGGUUUAUGUGGAAAUGACUUUCUAUCCUUCAGCUCCAACUGAACAAGUUAAGAAGAAGGGAGCUGUGACCUUGCAUCGGAAUACCAUCAGACCACUUCCCAUCAGACCAGGGGAAGAAGAUAGCUUUGUCAGCCUUGAUGACAAUAAAUAUCUUGAUGAUGAUUACCGAGAUGAUUACGACGCGAGAAGUGAUUAUUUUAGAAGCCAUAGAUCGAAAUCACCGCUUAAAAGCAGUCCGUAUAGCUCUGUAGCAGGUGAUAGCAAUUACUCUGAAGUAUUUAAUGAUGCUAUGAGCGAUGAAUACUCAAGAAGAUCAAGAUUAGGAAAUUUCCAGGCUACUCAGAACAGCUCCGCGUUUCAAGGGUCACAAAGAACCGAAUUUAGCUCGAUAUUCGAUGAUAGCAUUGCUAGACAGAUUUUGAAGGAAAAUCCUGAGAAAUUUGAAGAACUUCUUUCAAGAAAUCCAGAGCUUGCUCAAUCAAUAAUGAGUAGAGCUGGCAAUCCCUCAAUGAUUUCAGACUAUUCUAGUGGAAGAUAUUUUCAAUCGCAGAGAUCAAUUUCCCCCUCCAGAACUUCCCAAAGUACCAGCCCAGUAAGAAGACCAGCACACCAACAAAGAAAUAUGCGGUCAAUAAAUGCUUCUUUUGAUGACUUAGAAAAGGAAGUUCAAACUGAUUGGUAUAGAAACAAUUUUGGAACUUCGAGAUAUUCACAGUUUAUGGAUGAUGGACGAUCGAAAUCAAGAUCUCCAGUCAGACAGUUGAGGGACCAAGACUCCGUUGCUGACCCAAUGAAAAUUUCGACUAUCCUCCCAAAAUUACCAGAAUUCAACACCUCGAAAGUGUUAUUUCAAAAUUUUGGAACAAAGGAAAAUGUUCCUCCGCCACCACCUCAUAAAAGUACUACAAGCAGAUACUCUAAUACUUCUAACACUAGUGCUGGUUCUGGGUAUGGGACUAGUAUGACUUCCAUAUCCACAUCCUCAGAUAGGGAUCAUCAGUCAUACUACUCAAAAAAAUCAUUCAGCCCAUUUCCAAAAAAGAAAGCUCCUCCGAAGAAUUACGAUGAGGAAAUUGAUGGAUUAUCUUACAGGACUAACGAACUUAGGCUUAACUCUUCAAAUAACAGUAACAGAUCCUGGUGA